AAUAAACAUUGAAUCCGGUACGAUGACUUCUCUGACGCCUUUACGAGUCGCUCGAAUGAAAUGACGACGGCAUGGUGGGCGACGAGGUGACCACGAGAACCUGAGGAUCAACCGAUGCAAUCCGGGAUCGACGUAUCCUGUCUCCAUGGCGAGCGGAUCCGCCUUGUCCUUCGACAUUUCUUCAGGUUCCUGGUUCAAAGACAUCUCGUGCGGCUCGCGACGCAUAUAUAAGUCAAAACCAGAUCGCAAGGUGCAUAGCUUGGACAGUCCUUCAGCCAGUAAGGAGGUCGGCCGAAACACAUCAAGCAUGAUGCAGACAUUGAUUCCAGUUUUCGCGAUCCUCAGCGUGGCGACAAGCGCGCAGCUGACCCUGCUGCCCUAUGCCUAUCUGGCGAAUCCGCUUCCGGUGUACCAUCAGUCGCAGGACACGCGCACUGGGGUGCACGCAUACAGUUACGCCGGCGGCCCGUCCGCGAAGGAGGAAGUCCGGGGUCUCGACGGGGUCACGCGUGGCUCCUACAGCUACAUAGAUGCACACGGUAUCCUGCAAUCCGUCUUCUACGUCGCCGACGAGGGUGGCUUCCGCGUCGCGGCGACGAAUCUGCCGACAGACGAGCCGGUCCUGUUAAGCAAAAACGUCCUACAGGAAGACGCGAAGACUAGAACCGCUGGAGAGGAGGCGGAGCACACGAGUCGCAGGAAGCGCAGCGUCGAGGCAGCGACCGAUAAUCAAGAUCAGGUAGAAAAUUCAAGUUCCCAAGACUCGGCGAACGCCUCACCCAAGAGUUCUCACGAGCUUCCAGCGCAGGAGAAAAAGGCGGACGCCGAUCAGGCUAAUCACGGCGCCGCGGCAUCCGUCAUCGCGCCUGUCAUCGGACUCUCGGACUCGGUUCUACUCCCGAGAUUGAUCGGGGCGGCGACUUCCUCUCAGAACCGCGUCGAUAUUCACGAUAACGUUCGCUUGAAGGCCGUCCAACCCGUCGAGACCAUCGGAGUUCUGUCGGCACCAGCUUACGAGACGGUGGUCCUUCCAAGUCAAGUGCCUCUGGCGGUCUCCCAUCAAAGUCGAGUUCAAGUGCACGACGAUCUUCGCGCCGAGACGUCGGAGAAGCUCGCUAAAGACGCGAUCCAAGCAGAAACAUCGACGAUAACCGCGAUCAAUCUCGGACCACUUCCAGUUCUGCCCACUCUUCCCGAUUACAACGAGAAUCGAAUCCAGCUUCACAAGAGUCUCGGGCUGGAGGGUCCGAAUCCCAAGAACGCCGUGAAGCUCGACGCGGUGCCAUUGGCGAUUGUCAAGACCCCGGUGCCAGCGAUUCCGACUGUCAUCAAGGAAGAAGCACCGGUCACCGCCUACUCCAGCCAGAGCAAGACCCAGAUUCAUCGCGACGCCAAGCUCGAAGUAGCUGUGCCGAUCGUGAGCGGACCUACCGUGUACCUGGCGACUCCCUAUGUCCAACCGAUCGCUGCCUGGCCAAUCUUGGCGACUCCCCUUGCUCAAUCUUCUCAAUAUCGUAGUCAGAUACAUUCUAACGAAAAAAUCGAGCUGACGAAAUAAGGAUGUCAGGAUUUACUUCGGGCACCUCAUUUAUUCUCACGAUACUUUUGAACCUGAUUGACUCGAUCCAUCAGAUCCUCCUGUCUUUCAUUCAUAAGCAAUAUAAUUUUGUUAGUUUGACUCUCUUUUACAAGAUGGAUUCGAGAUAAAUUUCUAAAAAUUCUAUAAAAGUUUUCUCCAAAUAAUUAUAAUUUGUAUUAUCUUUUUCGCGGCUGUUUAAAUUAAUAUUGUAUAAUAUUAUACGUUGAAGGAGAUAUUUCAUCGUAAAACUUUUUAUCGAUCAUAAAAGUUAAGCUCUUUGAGGGUUUAAAAUAGUUUUAGCGGAUCAAUUACUUGCAUCGUGCUCAAAAUAUUAGGCUAAGGCGUCUUCAGCGAGAGUUCUACGAACGAUCGAUCGAUGUCUAGGUUGCUCGUAGUAGCUCGCUGCAUCAUCGUCAUUAUUAUUGUUCGUUCUCGCUGUGUCAUUUCCAAUGUAAUACAAGCAUUUCUAACAUUCUCGUAUUAAAUUAUUCGACAUGAUUCAUAUCGAUUCAUGAAAAGCGUCCAUCUCGUGCGUAUAAAUUAUUACCCUCUUUCACACAAAAACUUAUACCCUCUUUCAAAAAAUUAUUACCCUCUUUCCACAAAAACUUAUAAACAUUUAAGUCUAGUUUAAUCGAAUUCCCUUCGUUCGAACGUUCGAUAGCGUCAAUUUUCGUGCGAGAAUUUAAAUUGAACUGUCCGGCUCUAUCUAACAAGCGAACUUCCUGUGACCUCACGGGCCAUAUAAUCGAGCGCACGUUUAUUCAAAGAAAUCUCGCGGAUCCAAAUCGCGGUUUUAAUUAGCCAGCACGUCGUGUCCGAUUCGUUCCCUUUCAACGUACGCGAAAUUUACAUCACAAUAUCCCCGGGCUGGUGUAUAUUCUCUCAUUACCCGGCCGCGCGGCGACGAUUUGUCGACGUCGUGUCGCUCCCUCGCCCAAGAUGGAACGGAAAUCGCGACCUUGACUUCGGAUCCUCCCUUCGUGAACGUCGCGAAUACAUUACGGCGAUAAAACUUUCAUGCGCGGAUAUCGCGAGACCGUCCGAGUAACGACGAGAUUAACGGGGAUCUCUCCGAGAUCCCCGCCGAGAGUGUUCCUGUGCACUUAUACGUGUCUUCAUGACGGGGAUUUUUCCGGAGUCGCGUGUUUGCACAUGCCGGAGAGAAACAUCCUCGAUGGGAUUAUUUUCCACAGGUGGUGCGGAAUUCUUCAUGCACGCUCGCUUGAAUUUUACGAGCGGGAUAUACGCUUACUCUUACAUAG